GGGGGAGGAGGAACCCAUGUAAACAUUGAAGAUUCUUUUUCGCCUCAAAGUCAAAAUCAUGGCUUUUUUCUCAUGAUUUCGAGGAUCUGCUGGUGUUCUGGGGGCUGGAAGGUGGACGAGGGUGUUGUGUUAUUGUUGAAUUAGCAAGAAAUUCUUUAAUAAAACACCAGUGAUUUAGAGGAGAAGUUUGGGAUUCUGCAGUUAUCUUGAAAAAUGUCCUCUCACAAGUUUGAGUUGUUGGAUGAGGAGGUGGAGGCUCUCCUGGACCAAGUUGCAGACAAGUUAGAGUUUGCCAUUGGAAGAUGUAAGAGUCAGGAAGAAAGGAAACGUAUCUUGUCGGAAAUUGAGAGGUCCCUCAAUGAUGCAAGUGGUUCCCUGCUCGAGAUGGAUAUAGAAGCAAGAAAAGCCCCAGCUGAGUUCCGUGGGACAAUGGCAAAUAAAGUGCAACGUUACCAAAAUGAAGUCACAAGGUACCAGGGUCGCCUAGAGCAAGAGAGGUCCUCACAGAUGGCAACGAGAGCAGCUCUCUUCAGUAACUCAGACAGUAAUGACAACUUUGACAAUGAAAUUCGAAGACAGGUACAACAAGGCACUGCCAUCCUGGAACGCACAUCAGCCAGUAUUGCACGUUCCACUGCCAUUGCAGUGGAAACAGAGAGAGUGGGGACAGAUGUCCUAGGGGAGCUGGGCACACAAAGGGAGACGCUCACACGCACGAGAGACAGACUCAUAGACACAGAUGCGGAACUGAGCCGAAGCAAAAGGAUUAUCCGGUCCAUGUCACGUAAUGUCUUAUACAACAAGAUUCUUUUGAUUCUUAUCAUUAUUCUGGAAUGUUGCAUACUAGGUGCAGUGAUUUACUGGAAGUUCUUCAUGAAAUGAAUACGGACUAAAGUAGUGACUGCCAUCUCACCUUCCUCUUACAGUAUCAGCUUACUAUCAGAUAAAGAAAUAUGCAUCUUAGGUUUUGAUAAGCAACUUAUAUAGAAGUGCUAUAUUUCUUUAAUUUCUUUUUAUUCCCUUGAUAAUGGACUGGCAACGAGUCAAUUGCCUUGUCUGUCCUCACAAAAAUCACUUAGUCAUUCCAACACAGCCAUUACUCCUUUAUCCAAAGGAGUCGUGGUUCUUGCCUCUUCUGCCUUUUCCCAAAGAACAACAGCCUGAGUGUAAGUGUACAGUGUACAGGCUUUGUACUUCUGUGUUGUUUACCAAAACUUGUCAUGGUUAUAAGUUUCUUUUGAUACGUGUAUAUGCUUUGUUGAUGUUUAACAGUAAUUUUUUCUUUCUCUUCUUUCCCCCUCCCUCACCUUUUUUGAAAAUAUCUUUUUGCUUAAUAUUUGUAAGAUUCAAAGAAAUCACAGUUUGCAUGGUUGUUAUUUGUUGUAUUGUAUUCCCAAAGAUUUAUCAUAUAGCUAUACCAUUCAGUUUCUUGGAACAAACACAUAUUUAUGAGACUUUAAAUGCAUGUAGAUUGCAAUCAAAAGUGAUUAACUGGUUAUGGAUAGUAUUUUAUACCAAUCAUUUUUUGAUGUAAGGAGUUUUGUAGGCCCUUAUUAUUUAUAUAGAAGAUUCUCAGAAUGUCUCAUAUAUUGUAUAGAGUUAAGAUUUAGAGUGAAGACUGAAGAAAACGUGCAUUACUUUAAUCAGAUAGCCAGUAAACUUAAUUUUGCUAUUUUUUAUUAAUUUCUGGCAGUGUAUAGGUAUUUCACUACCAUGAUCUAAGCUUUCUCAGGUGGCUUGCAAGUGAUGCCAUGGUCUUUCUCAGUCCUUUUGGGUCAUGCAAAGGAAUAUUUACUAGCCCUUUUUUAUUCCUCUCGAAAGUAAAUUUCAUACUGGCAUGGAAUUAUAAGCUUUUUGUUGCUCUAGGAUUUCCACAGUAGGAUUUUUGCCAUCUCUAGGUUGCCACUUGCUGUCAGUGGACAAGUAACAGUGGCAUAAUAAGGGGGUUCACUGGACUUGGGAUUUGUAUCUCUCAAUUCCUGUCUCCUGUAAUCUCUCUCUUCCUUUCUCCUGUAAUCUCUCUCUUUCCCUCACUCAGUUCAAAUACUGUUAUUUAGUGCUGGCAACUAACCUAGGCAUUGUUAGUAAUAUUUGUAUGGAAAAUAGUAUAGUGGUAUUCUAAUUUGCAUUCAACAGAAAUCAAUAUUAGACGAUUCAGUAUAACUGUGAGUAAUGUGGUGAUCCCCCUUUUUUUCUCUGAGAGAGAACACUCUGAAAUUAUCUUGGAUGCAAAGAUGUCUUGUUCAUUAUUUUAAUAUUAUAUGUCAGUGAUUACAUCAGGAUUGGUUGUCAAAUAUAGCUAAAACUGUAGAAAACAAAUGUAGAAAAAUGCUAUUAUAUUAAGCACAUCAUAGACUCUUUUAACCUGAUAAUAAUGGAGAGGUCAUACACAAUGCCUUUGAUAUUGCUAAAAUGUUAUAUUUUGAACCCUUUCUUGCAGGAAAUAAGAUACUAAAACAUUCCAAAUAGACAUGUCCAAUUUUGGGGUUUUGCUUUUUUUUUCAUAAAUGAUUUUCAGAUUUUUUUCCCUUUAUAAUGAUUCUGGCCAUGCAAGUCCAUUUGUAUACAGUUAGGCACAGUUAUUUAUGGGAAAAGUACUGAACUAUGACAGCAUGUAGUAUAAAGUAAAAAGUAUUUUCCUCUUAUGAAUAUGUGUCAUUAAAUGUUUUUUAUGUGAUAUAAGUAAACCACUAAUUUUCCAUAAUUCUACAUUGCUUUUAAUCCAGACAAUAUCAGAAGCAAACUAAUUUUCCACAACUGUCAGAUUUAUUCAAUGAGUGAACAACAUGGCAUUAAGUGAGGUGCUAGAUCAGUUAAUUGUUUACACUACAGUAAUUGAUAUAAGAGGAAUAUUUAAUUAUUUUUUUAUUGUAUGACUUCUGUUCUGGAAUGUUAAAGGGGUCUUAAAAAUAAUUGUGAUGUACCAACUCUUAGUGAUUAUAUUUUGUUUCCUUGUUGUCUGAGCUGGGAAAAGUGAAAUGAUUUAUAUGAAAUCUGUUACAUAGUUACAUAGCUUGUAUAUGGAAUCCAUUUUCUAGCAUUUGUGGUAUAGACUUUUGUUAACUUUUUACAUUCUCAAUUUGUUUAAGCAAAACUUUGUUAACAGCUUUUUUUUUACUCUUUCCCUCAUCCAAAUAGCUCUUUUUUUUUCUUUUUUUGUAUAAUGAAGUAAUAUAAUAUGAUAAUAUUGAUUAUGACAAACUUUUAUUUUCUGUUGACACUAGUCAUAGAUUGGCUCAUAAUAUUGUGCAUGGAAUGUGAGAUGAAUAAGAUAUUAUGUGGCUAAUCCCUAAAGUUUCCCAUUCUGACAUUUACUAAUGUAAACUUUUUUUCUACGGGAUUAUAGUCCACAACUAGCGUACAGACACAGAAGUGGUUCUUAUUGUGGGUGUAUUUAAUCAGCAUAUAACAUCUAAGGCUGACAAGAUAUAGAAAAGCAUUAGAUUAUGGGUUAUGACAUGAUUUUGCUAUCAAAGUUUGUAACUAAUGGAUAAUAGCUUCUAAGGUGUGUCAACUGGAUGAAAAACCUUACAGCUGUAAUUAUGUCUAGUUCUUGUUUAUCUUUGGGUGUUAUUGAAAUUUUAUGAAGAAAGGAGUUUGGUUUAUAGAUUUCUGAUGUUUUUUUGUGUAGUUGCAUAGGAGCCUCAAUUUAAGUGUAAUCUUGUAUACAAUAUUUAUCAUUUUUUAAUAGCAAUCACCUGUUUUGGUAUAUUUAUAAAAAAAAAGACUUUUAAUACAUACUCAACAACUAUAAGAUUGUGGAAAAAAUAUAUAUAAAUAAACAAUGAUUUUAA